CGGCUCCGCAGGUCCUUCGAAUGCCAAUCAAGAGCAGAAUGCUCAGCUCAGCUCAGAGACAGGAGGCGUCAUAAGCCUUCCUGGAGUAAUUGUCAACCCGCCUGCUACAGGAGACAGUUCUGCAGCUCAGCUAGCGGGCGCUGCGAUUGGGGUUCCUGGUGCCGAUGAAGAUGGAGACGGAGAAGAUGAGCUGCUACCUGCCAUGGCCGACGAUGAUUACUCCGCUCAGCUGUCGUGGCAGAGUCAAUCCAAAGACAACCUAAAAGUCCUUAUGGACAACUUCAGCCCUGCCCAAUAUGACAGGUUCGAGGCAUAUCGCAGACACGCGCUUCCUAAGCAAGCUGUCCGAAAAGUAAUCCAGCAGACCUUAGGCCAGCAAGUCUCACAGCCUGUGGCGCAGAUUGUGGCCGGUUUCUCGAAAGUUUUCGUAGGUGAGAUCAUAGAGAAAGCUCGAGCGGUGCAACAGAGGCGAGGAGAGACAGGCCCUUUGUCACCUGAUCACCUUCGAGAGGCAUACCGACUAUACCAGGAGGAAACUGGACGUGUUGGCUCAGCGCGUCCCCUUCGGUCCAAGCGAAUAUUCAUAAAAUGAUGCUCCUUCACGCGUACAUACACUAUCAUAUCGCCGAUAGAUUGACCGACUGACGGGGCGCCAUGAAGUCGCCUUUCGUUCCACAUUUCCCUGUAGUUGACUUGUGUCGAGGAUACGAGCUUCUUGUGAGUUUAUUUACCUCCGUAUUGCGUUAUGUACAGAGCUCAGCUGGUGUAAUGUUGCUGUGUAUGU